AUGUCAGACAUCCUACCAGAUCAACAGCCACCAGACCGCAAACCUGCUUACUACCCAGCGAGUAGCGAAGGCGUAAUUGAUGCAAGAGUGACAUGUAUCCCAUCUUUGGGCCAAGCGACUCAGAUCGCUCGAGCAAAUGGCAGUGUACGCUUUACCGUCUUGCUCGAAACGACGAACCCAUCAGCCAUUGAAGACGAGCUCGAGAGCUCAGAUGAUGGACCAGCCGUGUGUCUAUGGCAUGACCACCAGGGUGUUACGACCUGGAGCGAACUACCACUCAAGUCAAGCAAAAAUCACCACGACAUCCUUCUGCUCAAUCGUCCCACCAAUAGGCAAAUAACAAGAUACUGGUUCACUGCCGAAUUACCCGGCCAACCACAAAACGGCCAAAUCGUAAGCUUCACCAUCAAGUUCAAGAUGUCAGACGCUCAAGGUUGGAAGUGGGUCAAAGACAGUACUGGCAUCGAUGACGGCGCGCUGCAUUACCACACUGAUGUACUACAAAAGGGUGCAAGCCUUCCGCUGCACACUUUCUUCGACAAUCCCAGUCCGGAUCUCGAAGUCAAUAUGGAAAGACCAGAGACGGAUAACACACUUCUUUACAGUGUCACCUGUCCAGUUGCAGGAGCACAGGAUCCAGACUCCGGGUAUCAGCACCACAGACUCGGCAAGCCUAGUCAUAGCUCCCGCUGGUUCGCUCUCGUGCGUCUCUGGAGUCCGUGGCUGGCGCCGCGUCAGGGUAAGACGGGUGCUGGGAAGUUCGUGCUUGAUAAGGAAGGGAUGCUGUUGUCCUUCUUGCGAGACGAUGGUUCGCAUGUCGUGUGCUUGGCUAUUAGUGGAUUGGAGGAUGUAGUCACUACUUUCAUCAACGAUGGCAAUGGUGAUGUGAUUAUCAAGGGCCGGAACGAUCGGAAGGAGGUUGGCCAAGCGAGAGUGCUAGUCGCUGUGGCGGACAGCUUCGAGGUGGCUAACGCGGCUGUUUUCUAUCAUGCGAGAAAGGUAGUGGGGACGUAUGGGGUACCUGAUGCUGAUGCCGAGACGGCACGACUUAUGGAGGACAAGGUCAAGCCGCAGUGGUUGGAGGAGUGGUAUGACGGUCUGACAUACUGCACCUGGAAUGGUCUAGGCCAAAACCUUACCGAUGAGAAAAUCUAUCACGCCCUCGACUCGCUAUCGAAGGAGAACAUCAACAUCACAAACCUCAUCAUCGACGAUAACUGGCAGAGUCUAAGCUCAGGGGAUAACCAGUUCCGCCGCGGCUGGUCCGACUUCGAAGCAAACAAAGAAGGCUUCCCUAACGGCAUGAAAGCCACGACAACAGAGAUCCGCAAACGACAUCCAAACGUAAACCACAUAGCAGUCUGGCACGCCAUCCUAGGCUACUGGGGCGGCAUAGCACCCGAUGGCUCAAUCGCGAAGAACUACAAAACCCUGACCGUGAAGAAAGAAGCAGGCGUAGCAGGCGGCUCCUUCACCGUCGUCGCUGCCUCGGACGCUAAACGCAUGUACGACGACUUCUACCGCUUCCUAUCCGCCAGCGGCAUCGACAGCGUCAAAACCGACGCCCAAUUCUUCCUCGACCUCCUCCUCCACGCUCCCGACCGCCGAGAAAUGAUGACAGCCUACCAAGAUGCCUGGACAAUCGCGCACCUCCGCCACUUCAGCUCGAGAGCAAUAUCAUGCAUGUCUCAAACCCCACAGAUAUUAUUCCACUCCCAACUCCCGACCAACAAGCCCAGAUUGUUAGUCCGCAACAGCGACGACUUCUUCCCCGAAAUCCCGGCCUCCCACCCCUGGCACAUCUUCUGCAAUGCCCACAACUCCCUCUUCACCCAACAUCUGAAUGUCCUUCCAGACUGGGAUAUGUUCCAGACUAAUCACUCCUGGGCUGGUUUCCACGCUGCCGCGCGCUGUGUAAGCGGCGGACCGAUCUACUUCACCGACGAGCCGGGGAAGCACGAUAUCAAGUUAAUCCGACAAAUGACGGCGCAGACGACGAAGGGGAAGUCGGUGAUAUUGCGACCGUCGGUGGUGGGGAAGGCGGUGGGGGUGUAUGAUGGGUAUGAGAGUGGGUGUUUGCUUAAGGUGGGGACUUAUCACGGAGCUGCGGAGACGGGGACGGGGAUGUUGGGGGUGUUUAAUGUUAGUCAGGAGGUGUUGUCUGAGUUUGUACAGUUGGAGGACUUUAUGGGGACGGAGAAGGGACGAAGUGGUGUCAAGGCUAUGGUGGGUGUUGAGCUGGGGGUUCAGGGCUGGGAUGUCCUGUCCGCUCACGCUGUUCGGACUUUCACGAUCAAGGGGAAGGAAGUCGAUAUCGCUCUCCUUGGCCUUCUGGGUAAGAUGACAGGCUGCGCAGCCAUCACUGGCCAGGAAGUGCAUGUUGAGUCAAAUCAGCGUCUACGGGUGUGGGUCCAGCUCAAGGCUCUUGGUGUACUCGGUCUGUACAUCAGCGAGCUGAAGGGACGGAGUGUAGAGAAGGAUUUCAUGGUCAUGAUCUUCGGGAAGCCAGCUCCGGUCGGUUGUGUUAAGGUUAGUGAGGAGGUUGGGGGGGGGAAUGUGUUGGCUGUAGAUGUUGAGAGGGCGUGGAAGGAGAUGGGGCUGGAGGCUGGGUGGAAUAAUGAGGUUAGUGUUGAGGUGUUUAUGUCGUGA